GCCGCCGCCACCCUCUUCGCGCUCUCCCGCUGGACUUGGCUUUAUUUGGUGUUGCCGGGAUCUCCCCGGGCUGCAGCACCCACCCACCCACCCCGUCGUUUUUGGGCUUCUUUUUGUUGUGUGUGUGCGUGAGACACCGCUUCCUACCGAGGAAGGGGAAGCGCCUACGGAGUUUCGUGGCUUUUUGGAGAGAGAGAGGAGAAAGACGCGCCGCGGCUCAUCCAAGCAGAAUGGCAGAGGUGGCCUUGAUAGAAAGAUUGGAAAAAGCUGUAAUUAAGCUUGAAUCAUUGUUAUCAGAAUCACAUAGAACUUCUGGAGCCAUUAAUGGAGUCAACGGAGAGCUAGCACCAUAUGUUGAAGCUUUCGACCGACUCAUGAAUGAGAGCGUAGCUGAGUUUAUAAAGAAUAGCAGGAUCCUUGAUGGUGAUAUAAAGACUCAUGCUGAAAUGGUUCAUGCUGCUUUCCAAGCUCAAAGGGCAUUUCUUUGGUUGACCUCACGUUAUCAAGAACCGCAGCAGAAUGAAGUUGCCAUUCUUCUAAAACCAAUAUCGGAAAAGAUUCAGCAAAUUCAGACGUUCAGAGAGAGAAAUCGUGGAAGCAAUAUGUUUAAUCAUCUGUCUGCUGUCAGCGAAAGUAUUCCAGCUCUUGGAUGGAUAACAAUCUCUGCUAAGCCAGGGCCUUACGUAAAGGAGAUGAAUGAUGCUGCUACAUUUUAUACUAAUAGGGUGUUAAAAGACUACAAGCAUAGUGAUUUGCGUCACAUUGAUUGGGUGAAAUCAUUCCUGAAUAUUUGGACAGAGCUUCAAGCAUACAUAAAAGAAUAUCACACCACUGGGCUCAUCUGGAGUAAAACUGGUCCAGUAGCAUCAGCAGCAUCAAGUUUUCCUGCUGUAGGGAACAAACAAGGCCUCCCUCCUCCUCCACCGCCACUUCCUCCGCCCCCUCCGCCCCCAGGACCUCCUCCUGCCAUCGAUACAGAAAAUGCAAAAGAUGAUGCCACCGCAUCUCGUUCAGCUUUAUUUGCACAAUUGAACCAGGGAGAAACAAUUACUAAAGGGCUUCGACAUGUCUCUGAUGACCAGAAGACCCAUAAAAAUCCCAGUUUGCGUGCUCAAGGGGUACCAAUGCAAUCUCCUACCAAAACCUAUGCUUCUGAGGCUCCCAAAGUACUUCCUCAAAAGAGUUACCCUCCUGUCUUAGAACUUGAAGGCAAGAAAUGGAGAGUGGAGUACCAGGAGGACAAGAAUGACCUAUUAAUUUCAGACACUGAGCUCAAGCAAGUAGCUUACAUCUUCAAGUGCACUAAAUCUACAAUACAGAUAAAAGGAAAAGUUAAUUCCAUUACUAUUGACAACUGUAAAAAGUUUGGCCUUGUAUUUGACAAUGUUGUUGGCAUCGUUGAAGUAAUAAAUUCCAAGGAUAUUCAGAUACAGGUACUUGGGAAAGUGCCAACCAUUUCAGUGAACAAAACUGAAGGCUGCCAUAUAUACCUUAGUGAGGAAUCAUUAGAUUGUGAGAUUGUAAGUGCUACAUCAUCUGAAAUGAACAUCCUGGUACCAGUGAACGGCGACUAUAAAGAAUUUCCUGUCCCUGAACAGUUUAAGACAUCAUGGGAUGGAUCAAAAUUGGUUACUGACCCUACAGAAAUUAUGGCUUAGUUUCCAUAGGC